UAUAAGUGUAUCAUUUAAUUAUUUUAAUUUAUAUUUUCAAGAAAAAUUAAAAUUACACUUUAUUUUAUUAAAAUAUACACAAAGUUAAUAGGAACAAGUUUUAUUGUAAACAGUGAUUAAGAUAAAAUUAUCAAAAAUAAUGAUGGUAAAGAAUUGUUUUUUGUGUGUGCCUCUAAGAGCUGGGCUCCUGAUUUGGGGAUAUUCAGCCGUGAUAAUAAUUUACACAAAUUUGCUGUUCUGGUUAUAUGAACUCCACGUUAUAUGGACCAAGUCAGAGUUCAACAGCAACCAGUUCAUUCUCAAGACUUUCAUCCUCCUGUUUGUUGCUAUGUACCUGCUCUUCCAUGUUGUGCUCAUAUCUGGACUGCAUAAUAGAAGCAGUGGUUUAUUGGACAUAUACAAAGGGUUUCUCACUAUAUGGUUGAUACUUGAAGGCAUCUUCGCAGCGUUAUACAUACCGCUGUCAAUGUACCAGAUGUACCAGGAGAAUAUAAAAUACUACGAGGUUACCGCCGUGUUUAUGUUGUUGUCAAAGUUCCUGUUUUACGCAGCUGUUGUUGUAGUUGUUGUAUGCAUAUUAAAAGUCUACAUACUUGUUUGCGUUCGAAGCGUGAAAUCCACUUUUAAAAAUGAAGAGAUACGCGAGUCGGAACCGUUCGCACAAAACCCUGACGUCACAGAUAACAGGAGGCCGAAUUACGAUAGUGAUUGUUAGCAACUGAGUUAGAGUGUGAUAGCCCAGUGGAUAUGACCUCUGCUUCCGAUUCCCGAGGGUGUGGGUAUCAGGUCCGGGGCAUGCACCUGCAACUUUCCAGUUGUGUGCAUUUUAAAAAAUUAUCACGUGUCUCAAACGGUGAAGGACAAAUCAUUGUGAGGAAACCUGCAUACCAGAGAUUUUUCUUAAUUCUCUGCGUGUGUGAAGUCUGCCAAUCCGCAUUGAGCCAGCGUGGUGGACUAUUGUAAUCUAUGUCAGAAAAUAAGUAUUAUGUUAUUAAAUUGUAUAUUCCUAAGGUA